AUGAGUCAAAGUUCGUCUGAAAAUUUCGAGUCUGAUUCUGCACUUGCAACUAUCACCAUGGCUGAUCUCGAAAAAAAGGUCGAACAACUGUCUGUGUCUGGACCCGCAAUUUACGUCAACGAUACUAAGGGUGUCGACGAGUCUUCUGCCUCUGGAGCUCAGGAUUCUCCCUACAAGACUCCCGCUUUUGCUCUGUACUCUCACCCUGAUGCUCAGAUCAAGGUCUUCAAGGCCGGAGCUGAGGGUGCUGAGGGCGCUUACGAGGACAUUUCCCCCUCUGCUCUGAAGAAAGCCAAGAAGGGUGUUGACGGUCUAGUUAAGAAGGCUGAGAAGGCCAAGCAGCUGGAGGCUUCCAAGGCUGAUCGAGAGGCUGCCGAGGCUGCUCGUCUGGAGGCUGCCAAGAAGAUCACUAUCACCGAGGACAAGUCUCUGGACAAACCCAAGCUGAUCAAGAUCAGAGACACCACCGAGAACCGAGGUCCCCGAGUCAAGCUGUUUGGCUGGGUCCAUCGACUGCGAACCCAGAAGGGUGUUGCUUUCUUAGUUCUGCGAGACGGUACUGGAUACCUGCAGUGUGUUCUUCAGGGAGAUCUUGCCAACGCUUUCCAGACCCAGAACCUGACUCUCGAGUCAUCUGUUGCCAUCUACGGUACCCUCAAGGAGGUUCCUGAGGGUGCUCGAGCUCCUGGUGGACACGAGCUGGUCGUUGAUUUCUACGAGAUCAUCGGUCUUGCUCCUUCCGGCGACGACGCCAUUACCAACAAGGUCCAGGAGGGCGCUGACCCCUCUUACCUGCUUGACUACCGAUACCUGACUGUGCGAGGAGAGACUCUGUCUGCCGUCAUGAAAGUGCGAGCCUCUUUCCUGCGGUCUAUCCGACGAGUCUACGACGAGCUCGGAAUGACCGAGAUCACACCUCCUUGCAUGGUCCAAACCCAGGUUGAGGGAGGUUCCACUCUUUUCGCACUCGACUACUACGGGGAGAAGGCCUACCUGACCCAGUCCUCCCAGCUGUACCUGGAGACUGUCAUCCCUUCGGUUGGAGACGCUUACUGUAUCGCCGAGUCUUUCCGAGCCGAGCGAUCCCACACUCGACGACAUUUGUCUGAGUACACCCACAUUGAGGCCGAGCUUGGCUUCCUUGACUUCGAGACAUUCCUGGAGCACAUCGAGGAGGUGCUGUGCCGAACUGUGGACUACGUUCUCGCUGACCCUGUUGCCGGUCCCCUUGUCCAGGAGCUCAACCCCGGUUUCAAGGCCCCUGAGCGACCUUUCAUGCGAAUGCCCUACGUUGAUGCUCUGGAGUGGCUCAACGAGCACAACAUCCCUAACGAGGAGGGCAACAAGUUCACCUUUGGCGACGAUAUUGCUGAGGCUGCUGAGCGAAAGAUGACCGACGAGAUCGGCAAGCCCAUCUUCCUCACCCGAUUCCCCCUGGAGAUCAAGUCCUUCUACAUGAAGAAGUGCGUUGACGAUCCCCGAGUCACCGAGUCCGUCGAUGUUCUCAUGCCCAACGUCGGAGAGAUCACCGGAGGUUCUAUGCGUAUCGACGACCUCGACGAGCUUAUGGCCGGCUUCAAGCGAGAGGGCAUCGAUACCGCUCCUUACGACUUCUUCAUUGAUCUUCGAAAGUACGGAACUUUCCCUCACGGAGGCUACGGCCUGGGUACUGAGCGAAUUCUCGCAUGGCUUUGUGACCGGUUCACUGUUCGAGAGUGCUCCCUGUACCCUCGAUUCACUGGCAGAUGCAAGCCUUAA